AUAUACUUAUCUCCUCACUAUCCUCAGUCUACAACCGACGUUAGUGGCGAAAGUUUGGUUUUCAUUUAGUACAAAUUGGUCGGAUACAUCAAAGAAGAGCAGAGAUGAGGGAAUUAAUAUGGGCAGUACUUAUAUUCCUGCCUUCAUUAACAACACAGCAAUGCUUAACGUCUUCCGACAGCAAGCCUAUGGAUGUGAACGCUCGUGAAUAUCUCAGCACAGGGGAGCAGCAGUUCACUCUAAAUAUGAUCAAGUUGGUGAACCGGCAAAGGCAGACGGAAAAUGUGUUUUUCUCUCCGUUCGGCAUUUACAACGCUCUUCUCCUGGCUUAUUUCACCGCCAAUGGCAAUACAGAAGCUUCAAUUAAACAAGUGCUCGGAUUGCCUGCAAAUCAUGACAAGGCAAACACAAUGCAAGUAUACAAGCUGGAAAGGUACUACCAGAAAGCUCGAGAAUACAACACUUCCAGUUAUGAAUUUUCAAUGGCGAACCGCUUGUUCAUCUCGCCGACGGAGGAAGUCAAGGAAUGCAUGAAAUCGCUGUUUGAGGAAGAAAUAAAAGUGACAGAUUUUAGCAAAAAUCCUGUUAAAGAGAUUAAUCAAUGGGUCUCCAAUCUGACACGAGAUCAGAUCAAAGAUUUCCUUCCAGAAAAUUCGCUGGACCCGAACUCAAAACUUGUUUUGGUCAAUGCAGCAUAUUUCAAAGGAAUGUGGACAACUAAAUUUGUAAAGGGAGACACCAAGAAGGAAGUGUUUUAUAUUUCAAAUUCCAAUACUACUUUUGUUACGAUGAUGAAAGUGAAAUCGACAUUUAACCACAUGGUAUCGGAAAAACUAGGAGCUCACAUCUUAGAACUCCCUUACCAGGGUGAUGCCAUUUCUAUGUUUAUUAUGCUGCCUCCUUUUGCCAGCCCUAAUGGGGUCACCAAUAUUCUCGAAAGGCUCACCCUUAAUACUUUGAAAGAAGUUAUCAAUAACAAUACCGUUUCUAGGUUGGUCGAAGUUAAAGUACCAAAAUUCACCAUUGAACAUGAAUUAGACCUGGUGCCUGUUUUAGAACAGUUGAACGUAGGAGACCUUUUUAAAGAUACAAGCGACCUUACAGGGCUGACAGGAAAGCCAGGAAUACAUUUGGACUCGGCAUUGCAUAAGUCGAAAGUUUCGUUGGAUGAGGACGGUACAACAGCUGCCUCGGCCACAGCGUUUUUCAGCUUUAGAUCGUCCAGGCCUUUGGAGCCAGCACGAUUCUACUGCAACCACCCAUUUGUCUACUUCAUUUACGACCACAUCUCCAAGAAUAUACUUUUUAUCGGUGUCUUUAACAAACCCACUGAAACAACAACUUAAAAAGAAAAGACACUUAACCGUGUAAAUAUAUAUAUAUUUAACUAUUGUAAAUAAAUACAAUUUAAAAUAUAGAUAAAUAAAAAAACUGUCACUUAUCUUAUAAUCUAGAAUAAGUAUGAAUUGGAAUACUUGGGGGAAACAGUUACCCCGCACCAAAACUAUAUUUGAAAAUAAGUCCUACUUAUUUUGUAUAUGUGUUUCUAUUGUAAAUAUAAGUGCAUUCCAUUCCAAAAAUAAAAAUAAAAUAAUUAUAUUGUAUUUAUUUAACUGUCACUUAAAUAUUGUGUGAUU